AUGGUAAUUAUGGAGGUGGAGGAGGCUACGGUGGUAAUAGAGGCGGCGGAAGAGGAGGAGGUGGAGGUGGGGGAUACGGAGGGAUUUGUUACAAAGCCGGAGAUUCUCCCGGACGGUGCAGUGAAUCUAAUGGUCUGGCACUGCACGAUUCCUGGGGUUUUACUACUACUUGAAAUUGGUAAUCCAAGCCCAAAGUCUCCAUGUUUUGGUUUUAUAUGUUUUGAAAUUGGGAUUGUUUCUCAUUUUUAUCAUGGGCCAUUGUGGGCAAUCCUUUGCUCAUUAUUUUGGCUGGGUUCCACUCAAGCUCUGGACUGGAUCAGUUCGUGUACAUAA